CAACAGGUGAAAUAUCUAGUAUGGCGUAUCCAUUAUCUAUUGUCGCUAAAAAAUCAAUACAAAAGAAAAGGGCUUAUACAGAGACUAUUGGAAUUGCAUGUAAAGUGAUUAAUAUUGCUAUUGAAAAGGACAAUUCAUAUAUUCUUAAGUUUUUAAAGAAAUAUAUUGUUCAAAAUGAUCAUUCUCUUGUUGAAAAUAUAACCAGUACAUCUUCUUCUAGUCAAACGACAAAUUUAUAUAAGGAAUAUUCUGAACCAAAUAACAUUUCUAAGUUAUCACCUGUUAAAGUUACUAAUCCUGUGAAAAAAAACUAG